AAGUAAUAAGAAGUAUCACGUGUUGUUUACUUGGUCGGCAUCGUUGGUUUUUCGCUAUUGGGAAUUUGUUUCGGCUCCGAAUGAUUACCGGUGAUCAUUCCAGUGUUGAUUUUCGUGACAUACGAGCGUUUAAAUGUGUGCCUCGUUACCGAUUUUAUGCGACGUUAAUUUACCGGAAAAUAAGGCACUAAUGAUUAUAUCGGUGAAUUAUGUGGGCAAAAAUACGAAAAAACUUUGUUUAUUAUUUGUAUUUGAUAAUAUUCGUUUACGCGGUUUAUUUAGUGUAUUCAUUUGAAUUAUUCACUAGUUUCAGGACGUACGAUAUUCAAAAGAAUAAUUUACAAUCGAAAGAUCCGUACGUGAUAAAUACGACAGGAUGUAAAAUUGAAAAUAUGGACGCUUUUAGCGACGAAAUUAUGGAAUUUUUGUAUCACUUAAAUCCAUUAUCGUGCAGUGAUAAACAUUUAUUAACUUACGUUAAUCGAAACGGUAACGAAAUUAGUUUAAAUAUAAACAAAUCAGUAAUUUACGAUUAUAGCUCAUUCGAUAUAAAUUGCUGUUAUAUAAAUGUCGAUAGAAAUCCAGUAGGAGCUAACCCAGACGAUAAUCUCAGUUUUUCAGAAUGUACAUAUUUCGAAGAUUCCGUAAAUUUAUAUAGUGAAGUAGUGAAAGUGAAAUGUAAAAAUCCCUUUUACACCGUUUACGAAAACGUCCACGCCAUCUUACGACCGCCAACGAACCAAGCGCCGAAUUUUAACGAUCCCAACGUUGUUCUAAUUGGAAUCGACGGUGUAUCUAUGACGAACCUGUUACGAACGAUGCCGAAGACGCAUCGUUUAUUAGAAAAUACGGGGUGGAUCAAAUUGAAAGGGUAUAAUAAAGUGGAGGAUAAUACUUUUCCGAAUUUGAUCGCCGUUCUAGCCGGGGUGAGGUUUUCUUUACAAGAAAACGACGGUUUACAAAAUUGUAGUCCUUACCGAACGGAAAAAUUGGAAAAUUGCAAUUUUAUAUGGAAAACUUUUAAAGAAAAUAAUUAUAGUACCGCGUACGCUGAGGAUACACCGACUAUAGGAACGUUUAAUUUUAAUAAAGCCGGUUUCAAACAACCCCCAACCGACUAUUACUUCCGCCCUUAUUUUUUGACAGCUAACGAUUUACCCGCCAAAUAUAUGUGCCUUAGGGCUCAUUGUACCGGUCCGGAAAAAACCGGCGUCAGAAUGCAAAAUUUGGUGACGGAUUUUUUGGAUACGAUCAAUGGAAAAACACCAGGUUUCGGUUUGUUUUGGAUGAACGCUUUUAGUCACGAAGACGUAAAUUGUCCUAGUUCGAUGGAUGAGGAUUUCGAAAGAUAUUUUAAAAAAUUAUAUUCGAAUAAUUAUCUCGACAACACUGUUAUGAUAUUUUUCAGCGAUCACGGUUUUCGCUUCGGAAAAAUAAGGUUAACGGAAAACGGUUGGUUGGAAGAGAGGUUGCCGUUUUUCUAUAUAUGGAUACCUCGUAGAUUACGUAAAUUAUAUCCCGAAAAAUAUCGAAAUCUUUUAAGCAACACUGAUAAAUUAACGUCGCCUUACGACGUUUAUAUGAGUCUACAGGACGUCCUAUCUCAAAACAAUCCUAAUUACGUAAUUAGCCAACCCGAAGGUUGUCCCAAAUGCCAAUCUCUAUUUAAACCAGUAUCUCCGGAAAGGACUUGUAAGGACGCCGGAAUUCCUGAACAUUAUUGCAGCUGUUCGAAUUACGUAAAAAUCGACAAAUCCUUGCCUAUCGUCGAAGUAUUAGCGAAUUUUUUCAUCGACCAACUUAAUAAAUUAAUCCAAUCUUAUGGUUAUCUAUCGAACAAAUGCGCUAUUUAUAGGUUAGAAAAAAUAUCGAACGUCAAAGAGUUGAUUUUGGAACAGGACGUCGAAAUAAAUUAUUUAAUCAGUAUUGUAACGAGACCAGAAGCUCAUUUCGAGGCUACUAUUAAAGUUAAUUUUUUUGGAUCUGAUUUUGAAAUGUCGCUUAACGAAAUAAAUAGGUUAGAUCGUUACGCGCCGACUUCCUAUUGUGUCAAAAACUCCCCGGUACAAAUUUAUUGUUACUGCAGUUCUUUGAUUAAAAAAAUAACGAAUAUAUUUUGUAAUAAUAAAUUUUGUAUUUUAUGAAAA